AUGCCACCAAAUGGAAUUGUCUUAACAGAAACAUGGUUAACUAACGAAUCCUUUAGUUGUGAUCAUAACUACCAGCUCACUGGUUAUAAAAGCAUCCAUUUUGAGCGCAAAACAGGCAAAAAAGGUGGUGGAAUAUGUGCGUUUGUGCAUGAUUUCUUCUCAUUCAAAGUUAGAGAGGAUCUUUCUGUUUCUGAUAAUGACAAUGAAAUCCUUUCCUUAGAAAUUGAAAAAAAAAAUGGUUUACUUGGCGUGAUUUAUAGGCCGCCUAGUGGAAAUAUCAAAUUUAAUUCCAUAUUAACAAAAAUGCUUAAUGUGAUGAAUCGUGAAAACAAACACGUGUUCCUAACAGGUGAUUUUAACAUAGAUUCCUUAACCUACGACACAAACACUAACGUUCAAAAUGUUGUCAACACUCUAUUUUCUGGUGGAUUUAUACCGACAAUUAAUAAACCAACACGAGUAACACCUAGUUCCAAUAAAUCUACAAUCAUCCACAAAAGGAUAUUUAAAGACCAAACCAUAAGGGACUUCACUCAAACAUUACAAAACACGGAUUGGACAGAUAAAAUUACAAUAAAAAAUAAAAACAUCCUUUCUCCUUGGAUGUCUAAAGGUCUAAUAAAAUCUUCAAAACUUAAACAAAAACUCUAUAUAAAGCAGCUCAAAUCGAGGUCAAGUAAAGAUGUACAUAAAACAUAUAAAAAUCUUUUUGAAAAAUUAAGAAAGCUUUCUAAGAAAAACUUCUAUGCUAGAAUCCUAACAAAAUACAGAAAUGACAUUGAAAACACAUGGUCUGUGAUAAAAGAAAUUAUAGGCAAAAAACAACAACGCAAUAAGUGUUUUCCUGACAAGUUGUUUGUAAAUGGUGAACUGCUGUGUUGUGAUAGAGAAAUUGGUGCUGCCUUUAACGAUUUUUUUGUGAAUGUGGGACCACAGCUUUCAGCAAAAAUUAAAACAAAAGUAGAUUAUAAAAAUUAUUUACCAAACUGUAAUUUCCAAAUGGGAAACUCGAUUUUGUCAACAGAAGAGUUACAACAUGCGUUCAAAAGCUUAAAAAGAAACAAAUCUCCUGGACAUGACGACAUUAAUAACAAUGUUGUUAUAGAUUCAUUUCCAGUUAUUAAUAAUGUGCUUUAUGUUUUUAAAACAUCAAUAUCACAAGGAAUAUUUCCUGACGAACUAAAACAAAAGUGUAACAAAAGUAAAAGCAAAAGUGAUUCCAAUAUUUUAAUCAGUGAUGGAAAAUUUACUUUGGGUAUAUUUAUUGACCUAUCUAAGGCUUUUGAUACCGUUGAUCACAACAUAUCAUUAGGUAAACUAAAUGCGUAUGGAAUAAGUGGGGUAACAUUAAAAUGGUUUAAAAGUUAUCUGAGUGAACGAACUCAAUACAUAGAUAUUGGCGGUGACAAAAAAACUAAUAAGCUAACAAUUAAAUGUGGUGUUCCACAAGGUUCAAUUCUUGGGCCACUCUUAUUUUUAAUAUAUAUUAAUGAUCUAAGCAAUUGUUCUGAAAUCCUAAAUUCUAUUAUGUUUGCAGAUGACACUAAUUUGUUUUACUCCCAUAAAUGUAUUAAUACUCUUUAUGAAACUGCGGAUUUGCGAAGCGAAGCAAAGUCAACGCGUAAUUUUCGCGUAGCAAAAAUUGCGCGUGUUAAAUCAGCUGGGGAAAAAUUAAGGCUAAAAUUAGCCAGCCAGCAAAAUUUCUUCUUUCUUCCACAUCCACAAAAAUAUUUGCAAGCGCGUUUUUGCAAGUUAUGGAGAGUCCAAAAGUCCACACUUCGGAAGUCGACUGUUUUUACGGCAGAAAACAGAGGAAUCGAGAGAAACAAAGUCAGCGAAAUGCGGCAAAAUGUAGUUCGACUACCGCGAGUGCCGAAGUGGCCGAAGUCUAAAUCCGCCCCUUCACUUUACCUUCAUCAAAAACAUGCUGCAAGAAUAAUCACUUUUAAAGAUAGGCUGACUCAUUCCAGACCAUUACUUCAGUCAAUGAAAGCCUUGAAUGUAUUUCAACUAAAUAUCUUUCAAACGCUUUGUUUCAUGUACAAAGCAAAAAAUAAUGACACACCUGAAGUAUUUAAUAAUACCUUUCACAUUUCUCAUAACAAAUACACAACAAGAUCUGCAGGUCAAUACUAUCCACCAUUUAGGAAAACUAAAAACAGUCAAUUUUCCAUUUCGUACCGCGGACCACACAUUUGGAAUAGCUUUAACAAAAUUAAGAAGUCAAUUUUUGUAUCUACUUCAGAGAACAUCUUUCGAUGUAAAUUGAAGAAUCUACUUUUAUUUGAAUUUGAGAGCAAAACGACUUUCUUCUAA